GUGCACUUUUCUCGCAGAGCGCGAGCUGAACAGUGAUCACGGGAGCUGAGGAUCUGAACCACGGAGUCUGAGCUCUGUCCUUUUCUGCGUCAGUGCAUAUAGAAAGAGGACACUGGAUUCCCAGCAGCACGUUCAGGGAACUUUUAGUGCAUUUCCACGGACGUCCUGAAGCAAACGUUGUCUCCGAAUCUUGGAGAAAGUUUUGUUUCUGACUCUGGGAUGUCCUCAGUGAUUUGGACUUGAGACUGCAGGCGGUGAGAAUCUUCAUGUAGGAGACGGAACGCAGUGCGCAGAAAACCAUGCUGAAAGACGCGUGGGGAUAAUCAGGAAAAGAGCAAGAGGAUACAAGUUUUGUCGUGAAGAAGAAAUCUUUGGGAAGUGUCUAAAAUAUCGAAGACCAUGGCCUCCAGUUUAACGUGUGCUGGUGUGGUGUGGUCGCUUGUGUCUCUGCUGAGCGCCGCGGCGUGCUGCGUGGGCUUCUUUAUGCCAUACUGGCUGCUGGGAUCUCAGAUGGACAAGCCGGUGUCUUUCGGUACGUUCCGCCGCUGCUCGUAUCCGGUGCGCGACGAGGCCAGGCAGGCCACGGUGAUGCUGGAACAGUGCGGCCGCUACGCAUCGUUUCAGGGCAUCCCGAGUGUGGAGUGGCGCAUCUGCACGGUGAUCACGGGCACCGGCUGCGGUCUGCUGCUGCUCGUGGCGCUCACGUCGCUGAUGGGGUGCUGUGUAUCCGAGCUCAUCUCUCGCACUGUGGGACGCGUGGCGGGGGGCGUGCAGUUCGUCGGUGGUCUUCUCAUUGGCUCUGGAUGUGCCCUGUACCCUCUCGGCUGGGACAGUGAGGAGGUCAGACAGACGUGUGAUAACCGCUCAGACCAGUUUGAACUGGGCUCAUGUGAGAUCGGCUGGGCGUAUUACUGCACCGGAGCGGGCGCAGCUACAGCCAUGCUGAUCUGCACCUGGCUGGCCUGCUUCGCUGGCAAGAAACAGAAGCAGUACCCAUAUUAGGAGAGAUUCAGACAGCUUUAGCUUUAUCUUCAGCUUUAAGCACAGAGCCAACAGCACAGAGCAGCCAAGGACGAAUGCCUCAGUGUGGACUACAGAGAGCAGAGAUGCUCUUUCUCCUAAGGCAUGAGCACUUUCUUCAUUCUUCUUUUUCUGGCUGCUGGAAUCCUCUCAUCACUGAGUACUCACAUGGAAGUAUCUUUUGACAUAAAAUAGACUGAUCACACACAGCAAAUGAUGCUCUUUCAUAUCAAACAUGUCUAGAGGACAUAUGUCAGAUAAUUAGAAGGACCAAUUACCCUUGUUGUCUUCUGUUACAGAGAGUGCUCUUUUUUUUCUGUGUACUAGAGCUGGUAAAAUCUGUUAUAAAGAUAAACAUCCAUCGUUAUUAUAAAUUGUUUAUAUUUACAUAAAACUACAAAAUGCAAUAAAUGUCAUAUUCAACAUCCAUUGUUAAAUAAGCAUUAUCAAAAGGUUAAUGUCUAUCAUUUUAUGAUCAUGUAUACUAUGGAAAAGUAUACACUAUAAUCGUACAUUAUGAUAUACAGUAUAUGCUUCAUAUCGAAACACGUUUUGUGAUCAUGUACAAAACAUGUAUUAGCCAUUAUAUGUUGUAAAUAAAACAGAAUUUUCAUCAACAGAA